AUGUUGUUCCCGCAAGAAGAGGCCCCUGCGGUCAAGCAGUGGCUCGUUCGGGAGCUUGAGCCGCUCUGUGAUGCGGAUCCAGACGUGCUAGCUGACUAUGUGUUGGCGCUAUUUAAGAAUGAUGCCAACGAAACGGAACUGGUAGCCAUGCUUAACGAACAGCUCGCCGACUUUCUUGAGCAGCACACGCAAGCCUUUGUUUCCAAGACAGUUGAGGCGCUUAAGGGGCGCGAGCAUGUGGCAGGACAGACGCGCAAGCGCGAGGCUGAUGACGAGGUCACGCCAGAUGAGACUAUGUCUACCGAUGACCCUGCAAGCAAGCGUCAGGCCGUGACUGACAACGCGAUGGACGAGGGCGAGGCUCGAGACAUGCCACAAGCACGCCCGCGUCGUAAUCAGCGCGUGCCCAAAGGCUGGUGUCGCGACUAUCACAGUAUGUAUUCAGACCAUGGGCUCACAUUAGACACGGGUGUCUGCUCGCGCGGUAGUUCGUGCAAGUUUCAGCAUUCCGAUGACAGUAUUAUGGCCCCCUUCCCGGACGCGCCAUUCCCGAUGCCAGGUAUGCCAUUUAUGCCGCCCCCCUUCCCAAUGGGACCCGAUGGACAGAUGCCGCCUGAGUUGGCGCAAAUGAUGCCUCCGCCCGAGCAAAUGGCCGAGUUUAUGCAGCAUAUGGCCGCGAUGAGUGGCCAGAUGAUGCCGCCUUUCAUGAGUCGUGGGCGCGGACGUGGGCGUGGGCGUGGUGGCAGUAUGCGCGGAGGCAUCCAGGGUCACGCGCCCGUGGCACGCAGUCAGGACACACUAGUGGUGGAAAAUAUACCCCCUGAGUACCUCAACUUGGUGCAAGUGAACGACUACUUUAAGCGCUUUGGUACGAUCACCAAUAUUCAAAUGGAUGAGGCAGGGAAAAAGGCUACCGUCACGUAUGCUACGCCUGCCGAGGCUAAUGAAGCUCACAAAAACCCGGAUGUGAUCUUUGGCAACCGGUUUGUCAAGGUGUACUUCCAGCGUAUUGAGCGUCCACCGCCAUCCAAGCCCAACUAUAUGACAGACAAAGGCUCGAACGUGUACCUGGCGCCGGAGCUGCGCUCGGCCGCACCUGCGCGGCCCAGCAUCGACGACGAAAAGCGGCGCGUUCUGGAGUUGCGCAAGAAGCGCGAAUCGCUCGUGCAUAUGCAGCUAGCAGAGCAGAAAGCGCUGCUGGAAAAGCUCGAAAGCAAGGAUCUCACGCCGCAGGGACGCAGCAGUAUUAUGAGCAUGUUGCAAAAGCUCUCUGCGGAGAUCAAGGCUGCGACCGACUCGCUCAAGAAGGACUUGUCACCUGAGGCGAUGAACACUGAUGGCGCUACCACUGAAGAGCUGCAGGCCAAACUGGCCAGCCUGCGGAGCGAGGCUGCUUCCCUGGGUCUUGACGCAUCGGGACAUCCGGCCCCCGGCAGCUUUCGCGGAGCGCCUCGUGGCCGCGGCAUGCGCGGAGCGAUGUCAUACCGUGGUCGUGGCCGUGGCGCAUUCAACCGCUCUAUGACGCUCGACAACCGCACCACGAAGGUGGGUGUAAGUGGCCUCCCGGAGAGCUACGAUAUGGACAAACUCCGGGAGCAUAUGCAGUCAUUCGGCGAAUGCACAUCCAUCGAGCCAGAGGGCGACCAAGUGGUCGUCACAUACAAGACGCGAGCCAGCGGCGAGCGAGCAAUGCGCGCGAGCGGCUCUGUGCCAGAGGCCAGCGAAGCCUCGUUCCAAUGGGUCGAGGCGCCGGUGAUGCCAACAGCUGCCAUGGAGCCAGCCUCGAGCGGCCCCUCCGAGUCUAUGGCAGAGCUCGAUGAGAGCGCCGGCGAACGAGAGAACUGGAAGCGCUAG